UCCUUUCACCUUCAUUUCGAUGGAUGCCUCUUUCUCCAAGACAUUGCAAUAUAAGCUGAAGAAUGCGUCCAAAUGCAGUUAAAACGUUUCGCAAACUCUAAAAGAAAGCAUGUUUUUGAAACGUUCGCAACGUUUGUUCAUAUUAAUUACCCUGCUCACAGCAAGCACCGCCAGUGGUCAAAGUUCCGAGUACGUUUACGGAAGUUAUCUGCCAAACAUGACUCCUUGUUUUAGCUCAUCGAUCAACAGAAAUGCGUUCAGCGCCGUUCCAGUCUACCAAGCGUUCACCUUUGCCCAGGCGGCUGGCACGGUCCGCUACAUCCGGGUCUGGAACGACGGAUCAACUCCGUUCAGUGCGUCGGUUUUGGCCGGUGGCGUCGGAACGGCUGCUGCGGCUACUACUUCGAUUUUAGUUUCGUCACUCCAUGGUGGAAAACUUAGUGCGAAUAUUCUAGCGAUGUGCAACUAGUGAAGGGCAGUGAAAAAUAUGUCAAAACUUUUUAAGGACUUUUACAAUAAAAAGCAUCAUUU